CACACCUCUCAUGGAGAAGGACGUCAAGAAGUUUCCUCUCGAACUGGACGCUCUGGAGCUCGCUGCAGAAAUUCUAUAGCUUCCUGUGCAGAUGAGCAACCUCAUAUUGGAAAUUACAGACUUCUUAAAACGAUUGGAAAGGGGAAUUUUGCGAAAGUAAAGUUGGCUAGACAUAUCCUUACUGGCAGAGAGGUUGCAAUAAAAAUAAUUGACAAAACACAAUUGAACCCAACUAGUCUUCAGAAGAUUGAGACAUCAUCUCUGCCAUCUUGAGGCUCACAGUGAGUUCAAAACAGUGAGCAGGAGUAGCAAAAUGAUCAAAAAGCUCCUGUGCAUCCUCGACUGAAUGAAACAAUGUACAGCGAUCAGCAAACAGGAGAUCACAGUUGUAGUGAACACUUUGGUGCAAGCCUGAAGUCUGAAGAGUUUUAAAAUGCUGCUGUCAGUUUGGAAUUGAAUAGGGAUGCCCAACGUUCAAUCCUUGAAUGCAACUAACAGCGUCAUCGAAAAGUAGAUACUGAACAGAAGAGGAACAAGGACACGUCCUUGCUUUGUACCAUUUGAUAUGGCAAAAGGUGCUGAUCUGUCUCCAGCCCAGCAAGCCAUCAUGAAAGGACUGAACUAUAUUGAUGAUUUUUUCAGGACAGUCGAUUCACCCAAGUACAUUCCGGAGUCCAUUUCUGUUGACAGUGUCAAAUGCCUUGAUCAAGUCUAUGAAAAUCAUGUAGAGAUCCUGAUAUUACUCUCAACAUUUUUCUUGGAUCUAUCUGCCUGGCUGUGAAUAUCAUGUUGGUAGUGUCUCAAUUGGCACAAAAUCCACACUGACUUUCAAGAUUGAUUGCCAUUUGUGAACACAUGUAAUGAUAGCUGGUUGCAAUGCAGGCCAGGAUCUUGCCAACUAUAGACAACAGUGAGAUGUCCUGGUGGUUAUAACAGCAUACAAAGUCACCUUUUCUCUUGUAUAUGUGUACAGGCAGGGCAACUUUGAAAUCCUGGGGGUGUUCGCUCUUUCCCCAAAUGGUGAUAAAUAAAUGUGAGAGACAACUCAUCACCUGGCCACCACCAGCUUUAUAAAUCUCUGAUGGGAUUGUGUCACAGCCGGGUGCCUUUCCAGAUUUCAUCUGCUUGACAGAUUUUUGUACCUCAUCAAGAGUUGGUAGUAUAGCUAGCUGUGAAUCAUUAGCCCAUCGAGGAAUCUCUUCAAGAAAACUGCUGUCAGAAGUUGAUGUCUGGUUUAAUACAUUGCAAAAAUAUUCAGCCCAGCAGUCAAGGAUUUUAGCACUAUCUGUAAUCAAAGUACUACUAUCAGCAGAGUGCACUGAUCUGAUGUAGAGCCAGCAAUGCAUGGUCCAUAGACUCCUUUCAGCCCAUCAUAGAAUGCUUUAAAAUCAUGUCUAUUGAUGGCAUCUUGAAGUAGGAUUGCUUUAUAUUUCUAUCAGUCAUCUUUCAUUUGCCAUAAUUUGACUUCUCCUUAGCUCAAAUAUAUGUAGAUUUCCUGGAGGCAUUCUUUUUAUCAUUAAUCCAGGCCAGGUGUAUCACAUACAUGUUAUCAAGAAGAGCUCAGGCCUCUUUGUCAUCUACCAGUCCUUGUGUUUGCGUUUUCAAAAACAUAGUAUUUCAACAGUAGUUUUGUAGGUUGUUUCCUUGAUGUUAAUGCAGUCCUUCUGAAUUAUGGAUUGCUGCUCUGGACCUUCAUUGUUAAUGACUAAGGAGGCGUCAAGACUGAGUUGAAGCAAUGCUUGUGUCUCGCGCAUUUCAAGUUUACCUAUAUCCAACUUUUUCUUGGCAUAUAGCAGAAUGAUGAGGUUUGGUGGACAAAGGUUCAGAGACACACCACUUCCUUGUAAUGGUCAGACCAGGAGUAAGUGCCAUAUAUUGCAUGAGUCAACUUAAUGGCAGAAAGCUCUUUUUGUUUUGUAAUGAAAUAGUCAAUCUUAUGCCACUGCUUAGACCCAAAGUGCAUCCAAGCAUCUUUGCAUUUGUUCAUCUGUUGGAAGAACAUGCUUGCAAUAGCAAGCUCAUGCUGUGCAUGAGUUUGAAGAAGGAUGGUGCCAUUUGAGUUCUUGCUUCCAAUACCAUGAUGUCUGAGCACCUUUGGUGCAGUCUUGACCAACUCUAGCAUUAAAACCAUUGAGUAUUUAUAGCUUGGAUUUAGAAAGUACUGAAGAGAUCAUUGAAUUCAGGCUAUCAUAGCCUCCUUUUCAGCAUCUGCAGUAGGCAAAGUGAGUACAUAUAUACUAACAAGAACAAGGCACUAUCCCUGUCUCAGUCUAAGUCUUGCUGUCAUGAGGUGAGGACUGAUGGUAUGUAGCUGGGAUUCAAGCCGGACUUUCAUAUAGUAAAGCCAACUCCUGCUUGUCUUCGAUUCCCCUCAGAAUAGUCCACAAAACCUCUGUGAACUGGCUGGUAUCAGAGAUGCAUGUCUCGCUUAAAGUUGUGACAUCAAUGUUAGAACGUGCAGGUUCUCCAUUGAUUGCUGUCCUGCAUUGAAGGCAUUCAUCACUGUUGAAAUGUGCUGUUCCAGGAUUCAAAGUGUAGUGUAUUGAUUUCCUUUUGUGACCGCAAAAUUAGAUAUCCAGUCAGUCAUGGUUAACUGACCGGAAUCUUCUGGAACAAGCUGUGUAUAGGGAUUGUUUUCUCUUCCCCUCCUCUUUUUCAAAGAGAGCAGCACUGUCCCUAAAUUAUUACCUGGACAGGAUAUGGGAGCUCCGGUUGUUCUAAUUCAGCAAUCAGCAGAUGACCAUCACACCAGCCUGCCUAUGUGAAAAUUGGAGGCUAUAUGCUGCCACUGGUAUCCUCUGCCUGCAUCUGAUGUAACUUGCCCAUCUCCGAAGAUCAACAAGAGCUUUUCAGAGAAGUAAGAAUAAUGAAGAUUUUAAAUCACCCAAAUAUAGUGAAGUUAUUUGAAGUAAUUGAAACUGAAAAAACUCUCUACUUAAUCAUGGAAUAUGCAAGUGGCGGCGAGGUAUUUGACUAUUUGGUUGCACAUGGAAGAAUGAAGGAAAAGGAAGCAAGAGCUAAAUUUAGACAGAUAGUAUCUGCAGUGCAGUACUGCCAUCAAAAGCAUAUUGUACAUAGAGAUCUCAAGGCUGAAAAUCUAUUGCUAGAUGCAGAUAUGAACAUUAAAAUAGCAGACUUUGGUUUUAGCAAUGAGUUUACUGUUGGAAAUAAACUGGACACAUUUUGUGGCAGGCCGCCCUAUGCUGCUCCAGAGCUCUUCCAAGGCAAGAAAUAUGAUGGACCUGAAGUAGAUGUUUGGAGUUUAGGUGUUAUUCUUUACACUCUUGUGAGCGGAUCUCUUCCUUUUGAUGGACAGAACUUAAAGGAACUGAGAGAAAGAGUACUAAGGGGAAAAUAUAGGAUCCCUUUCUACAUGUCAACAGACUGUGAAAACCUCCUCAAACGUUUUCUGGUGCUAAACCCAACUAAAAGAGGCACUCUAGAGCAAAUCAUGAAGGACCGGUGGAUCAAUGCAGGGCAUGAAGAGGAUGAGCUAAAACCUUUCGUUGAACCAGAACUAGACAUCUCGGACCAGAAGAGAAUAGAUAUUAUGGUUGGAAUGGGAUAUUCUCAAGAAGAAAUUCAAGAAUCCCUUAGUAAAAUGAAAUAUGAUGAAAUCACAGCAACAUACUUAUUAUUAGGGAGAAAAUCAUCAGAGUUGGAUGCUAGUGAUUCAAGCUCCAGCAGCAACCUUUCUCUUGCUAAAGUUAGGCCAAGUAGCGAUCUCAACAAUAGCACUGGACAAUCACCUCAUCACAAAGUGCAGAGAAGCAUAUCUUCCAGCCAAAAACAGCGACGGUACAGUGAUCAUGCUGGGCCAUCUAUCCCUCCAGUAGUGGCGUAUCCAAAAAGAAGCCAGACUAGUACUACAGACAGUGACCUGAAAGAAGAUGGAAUUCAGUCAAGGAAAUCUAGCAGUAGUGCUGUUGGUGGAAGAGGAGUUGCUCCAGCUAGCCCCAUGCUUGGAAACGCUAACAAUCCAAAUAAGGCUGAUAUUCCUGAACGUAAGAAAAGUUCUGCUGUCCCCAGCAAUAACACUGCACCUGGGGCAAUGACACGACGGAAUACAUACGUUUGUAGUGAGAGAACUACUGCAGAUAGACAUUCAGUAAUCCAAAAUGGCAAGGAGAACAGCACUGUUCCUGAUCAAAGAACUCCUGUUGCUUCAACUCACAGCAUUAGCAGUGCAACUACACCUGAUCGCAUUCGUUUCCCAAGAGGAACGGCCAGUCGUAGCACUUUCCAUGGUCAGCUCAGAGAGCGACGUACUGCUACAUACAAUGGACCACCUGCCUCACCCAGUCUAUCACAUGAAGCAACACCUCUUUCACAGACUCGAAGCAGGGGCUCCACUAAUCUUUUUAGUAAAUUAACUUCAAAACUAACAAGAAGAAACAUGUCAUUCAGGUUUAUCAAAAGGCUCCCGACUGAAUAUGAGAGGAACGGGAGAUAUGAGGGCUCAAGUCGCAAUGUAGCUGUGGAUCAGAAGGAUGAAAAUAAGGAAGCCAAGCCCCGGUCUCUCAGAUUUACUUGGAGCAUGAAAACUACCAGUUCCAUGGAUCCUAAUGAUAUGAUGAGGGAAAUUCGUAAAGUCCUGGAUGCCAAUAAUUGUGACUAUGAACAAAGAGAGCGUUUCUUGCUUUUCUGUGUCCAUGGCGAUGGGCAUGCGGAAAAUCUUGUACAGUGGGAGAUGGAGGUGUGUAAACUGCCAAGACUAUCACUGAAUGGAGUCCGCUUUAAGCGGAUAUCGGGAACAUCCAUAGCUUUUAAAAACAUUGCUUCCAAAAUUGCCAAUGAAUUAAAGCUGUAAGAAAAAAGUAAUUAAACUGUAAAUUAAGUAGCUUCAAGUGUUUUUGAGAACACCGAUGGAAAUGUAUAGAAUAAUAUUUAGGCAAUAACUUCUGCAUCUUCUGAAUCAUGAUAUUAAAAAAAAUGGAAAAAAGCUGCUGAGCUGGGAGGGAGAGUUGGACUUUUUUUUUAUAAGUGCACUACAGCAUUAAAGUUGCCUACUAUGUAAAAUAUUACCCCUUCUGCUUUAUUUCCAUUGCUCCAAGUCUUUGACAACAAACUGAAACACACAGUAUAUGCAUUUAAAUAUGCCUCCUGUUUGUGUGGAUGUGAGAAUGUACAGUAUGUGUGUAUAAUAUAUUAAGUAUUAUGUGUAAACUAUUCAUUUACAACAUCACAGCUGUACCAGUACCUCUUUUGGGGCUAAUUUUGGUGCUAAAAAUUGAAAUGCCCAAGGAGGAAACACUUGAGUUAAUAUUUAAAUAAUUGAAUAGUUACCCAGUAAAUGCAGUUUUACAAUUCACUGCUGUGUUAAGAAAGUGUGAAGGGUUUGAAGUUAUGGUUGUGAACAUUACUCCUGUUUAAGUAGAUUUCAUGAGAAUUAAAAUUUCACUUUUACUCAGUAA